AUGGCGUGGGACCAUCUGGAUAUUGAUAAGCCGCAUCUGGCGUACAUGAUCCUGGGUGGUUUCACAAGCCUGUUUAUGCUGUGCUCCCUCUUCGUGAAGGAGAAGCUCUACAUUGGCGAAGCUACUGUCGCCACGCUUUGCGGUAUUAUUUUCGGACCGCAUGCUGCCAAUUUAUUUGACCCCUCAUCAUGGGGAAAUGUCGACAAAAUCACACUUGAGUGCUCGCGCAUCGUUCUGGUUGUGCAAUGUUUUGCCGUCGGAGUCGAGUUGCCCAAAGCGUACAUGGAACGCCACUGGAGAUCCGUAGUCUUACUACUUCUCCCUGUCAUGACCUGGGGCUGGCUGAUCACAAGUCUGUUUAUUUGGUGGAUGAUUCCUCCGCUGAAUUGGCUCGAGAGUCUGGUAUGCGCCGCGUGCGUCACGGCCACUGAUCCGGUCUUGGCGUCUUCUGUCGUGGGUAAGGGCAAGUUCGCCAAGCGAGUCCCUAAACAUUUGCGUGAUAUCUUGUCCGCCGAGUCAGGCUGUAACGAUGGCAUGGCUUUCCCGUUCAUCUAUCUAUCUUUUUACAUCUGGAAAUAUCGACCCGAUGCCAAUACCGUGUCGCUCAAUUGGUUCUGUAUCACCAUUCUCUAUGAGUGCAUCUUUGGUGCCAUUUUCGGGUUCGUUGUCGGUUAUCUCGCUCGCCACUCCAUCAAGUUCGCUGAACGCAAGGGCUUGAUUGAUCGAGAGAGUUUCCUCGUGUUCUAUUUCGUCCUGGCAGUGUUCUGCGCAGGCUCUGGCAGUCUGCUGGGUAUGGACGACCUACUAAUCGGAUUUUCCUGCGGCGUCGGAUUCAGUAAUGAUGGUUGGUUCACGGAGAAAACCGAGGAGGCACAUGUCUCCAACGUUAUCGAUCUGUUGCUCAAUUUAGCCUACUUUGUCUACUUUGGAGCCAUUAUUCCAUGGGAGGACUACAACGUUCCCGAUCUCGGUAUUGUUCCGUGGCGUUUGGUGGUUAUUGCACUCCUGGUGAUUUUCUUCCGUCGCAUACCCAUCAUGUUGCUGAUGAAACCAUUCAUCCCCGACGUAAAAACCUGGCGUGAGGCCCUUUUCGCAGGGCAUUUCGGCCCGAUUGGUGUCGGUGCUAUUUUUGCUGCAAUUCUGGCCCGAGCUGAGUUGGAGCACGAUAAUACGCAGCCCUUGGAUCAGAAACAGCUUCCUCAACCUGGGGCGGAUAACUAUUACGUAGUUCAGCUCAUCUGGCCCAUCACAACAUUCAUGGUUAUAUCCUCCAUUUUGGUACAUGGCUCGUCGAUUGCUGUUUUCACUCUCGGCAAGCGUAUUAACACCUUGACGGUUACGCUCUCCUACACCCAAGCCAACGAGGAAGGUCCUUCGUGGAUGAAUCGGUUGCCCCGUGUUUCUUCACUCGCCAAGGGCUCCAUGUCUUUCCGGAAAACUGAUGACUCCGAGGAGGAGGAGAAACUGCCAGAGUACCCCCCUGGAACAUUGCCACCCAUUGGUAUGCCAGGAAACUUCCUUCGCCGGGUGCGUGAAGACGACCCCGAUGCCCAGACUAGCGACGCUGCACGAAAGCCUGUCCGUCGGCGCCGCAAGAAGCACCGUAAGCAUGAUGACGUCGGUGGUCCAAUCAGCGAGUCCGCCAUCAUGCCCCAAAGACGACCUGAACCAGACGCUUCUGAGGCGGAGCAGGAAAUGGAAGAGCGAGAUGCUGUGGAACGUGGUGCUUCUCCGCCCAAUGCUGAGCGGGAACGGUUCGGCCGUGAGCCAGAGCUUGAAGUUUUCCAAGAGGGUCACCAUAUGGUCAUUGAAGACGAAGAAGGCAAUGUGCUCAAGACCGAGGAUACCAGCAAGCUCACCCCGGAACAACAGGCAGAGCUCAUCGAGGAACAACGCCGACGACUUGAGAAUGACAGGUCCGGCGAAUUUGCCCACUCUCAGAGCAGGCCUCACGAGAAAGAUGAAGGCGAGGAGAUCAAGCACGCCGUUGAUGACAAGAUCGGUCACCCAGGUGAAAAGGCCCGCAGCAAGUGGACUUCCUGGACCGGCCGUGGGAAAACCCGGGUUAAGGACAAAGAUGAAACCAAGCCUACUGCUGAAGCUCCAGCGAAGCCUAAGCACCGAUCUGCCCACGCCUACCAGUUUGGUAACACUAUUAUUGUUGAGGAUGAGGAUGGCGAGGUAAUCAAGAAGUACACCAUUCCUUCUGGAGACAAACCUGCCAAGCCGAAGCCGAAUCCUGAUGCGCAACCUGGACCUUCAAACCCGGCUCCAAUUCGUCGCGGUCUCACCCGCAUGGGUACUUGGCUCGGCAGGGAAGAAGAAGGAGAGGCAUCCGGCCAGAAGAAACAGAAGCCUGCUCCUAGAACUGAAACUGAUGACUGGACUACCGAUGAUGGUCUGCGAUUCACUCUUGCACAGAGCUCGGAUGUCGACUCCAAUGGUAUCGGCCACAAGGGUCGUCGUAUGAACAAGCACGAGUUCUUCCAGCAAAUUAAGGGCUUGGACGCCAAGGCUCGCCGAGAUGUGGUUCAACAAACGGAUGCACCUUCCCCCGUCAAAGAAGUAGCCAGAGAGGAAGCCAAGAAGGAGGAAAAGACAGAACGUCGUCUGUCUGCGGUCGCCGCAGCUGUUGCCACUGACACAAUCCCCGAGACCGAGGAAGAACUCGAGUCCGAGUCUGUCACCGACAGUCAACUCAGCAGCGAGGAGGAAUCCGACACUGAACGACCAAACGUGGCUGCUUCCAUGGCUAAAUGGACCCGCGGUACCUCCGCUCAAGAACGUCGCAGCAACCUCAGCCCUGCACCCCCUCGUGCCCGUGUCCGCCGUGACUCCGAUGAUGACGGCACUGAGCGUAUUCCUCCAUCUGCACUGCGUCAAGCUGCUGGUCUGACUGCCCCACCUCGCGAGAGGGAAGAUGACACAGGCGAGACCCCAGCUGAGCGCCGCCGUCGUCUCGCUGCCCUCGGCCACAGUGGCGAUACCGACUCCGAUUCAGAUGAUGAUGAUGAUGAUGAUGUUGUUGAAGAAGACUCCGACAGUGAAGACGACGGUGAACCACGUCUGAUCCCACCAAUAGGCAAGGUCCAGUUUGCCAAUGAUCCCCGACCAUCCGAGCCAUCCAGCGUUAGUGGUGAACAAUCCUCCAGCUCUGGCUCCGGAUCCACGUCUCGACCCACCCCAGGCCACCGUCCACGCGUAUCCUGGGGAGGUGAAAAGGGUCGCUAG